CUGGCAACACGCGACUGCAUCCGAACGACAAAACGAUCCGAGCCCGCCGGCGCGUUCGGGUUCGGCGUUCGUCGCUUGUCGCGUCGUCUGAUCGGUCCGUCAUUCAGUCCGGAGGUGUCCGCGGGCGGGGCGGCACGUGCGGUGCGCGCCUCGCAUCUGUAUUGUUUUGGCUCAUCUAACCAUUGUUUAAUUCCAUCCGACUAGAAUCGAUACGACAUUGAUGCAAAGUGCACGGCCUACGUUACUGCAUUAUCUAAUAUUUUAAUGGCGUAACAUAGAGACAAUAAUAUGUUAUCUGAUAGAGCGAAUAAAUGAAGUCGUGAUUUAUUGACAAGUGAAACUUUCGAUCGUUCAUUUGUUGGAUGUACCGUUUAUGUUUUGUCACUGGACCAAACAAACGUGCAAGUGAUCUUUGUUGUAAAGGGAAGCAUGCAAAUCAAUAAUCUAGUGGAUACCCAGCUGCGAGCAACCGAGAGCUCGUACUGUGAGGUUUAUUACACGGUUGCAUAUUGAUUGGAUCUCUGGCGGGAUCACUGAAAAGUCACCAUAGAAACCUAAGGUGUUUAACUGGGAUUCCGAAGUCUGACGAUUGUAAAUCUUCGUAGCAUCGUUUUUCUCUGUGUUGGUGUGAUGCUCGGGAUGCUAUUAGACGAGAGCGUCAGAUAGCCGCCGCGGCAACACAGCAUGGGUGCAAACAUGGGCAAGAACUCGAGCCUGCUCGACGCACUGCCCUCAGCGCAGGGCACGCUGCACGUCGUCAUGCUCGGCCUCGACUCCGCUGGCAAGACUACCGCGCUCUACCGCCUGAAGUUCGACCAGUACCUUAACACCGUCCCCACUAUCGGUUUCAAUUGUGAAAAAGUGAAAGGAACGAUAGGCAAAUCGAAAGGUGUUAAUUUUCUCGUGUGGGACGUCGGUGGACAAGAAAAACUCAGGCCGCUUUGGAAAUCAUACACGCGAUGUACGGACGGCAUUAUAUUUGUAUUGGACUCUGUCGACGUAGAGCGAAUGGAGGAGGCGAAAAUGGAACUCAUUCGAACGGCGAAAUCGCCAGAUAACGCCGGGGUUCCGAUACUCGUCCUUGCAAAUAAACAGGACUUGCCCGGGGCGAAGGAACCCAGGGAACUGGAGAAGCUGCUGGGUCUGCACGAACUAGUGUCGUCGCCGCACGGGUCGCGCGACGCUCACGCGUGGCACGUGCAGCCCGCAUGUGCCAUCACGGGGGAAGGCCUCCACGAGGGACUUGAAGCAUUGUAUGAAAUGAUACUCAAGAGAAGAAAGUUAGCGAAGUUACAGAAGAAACGAGUCAGAUAAACGACAAGCAUAGACAAUCAAUAAGUACGGUUGACAUGUUGUCAAAUAUCAGUGCGAGUUAUAAGAACUAUCGUAAAAUCCCGCUACCGAUGUUUAUAAAGAUGUCAGUAGUGAACAACGGAUGAAACACCAAAUAUUGUUUUUACUAUAGAUGUAAAACGUCUUAUGAAAAUAUUCCAUCAUAAUGUUGCUCAAGUUGUAUUGAACAUUUUGAAGGAAACUAAUAUUUUGAUAAAAAUUAAAAUUAACGGCUAGUCAUUUUCUUUUGAAAAUAGCUAGAUAGAUGAUGGAUAAAACAAUAAAGGUUUUUAGUUGAAUUUUACAAAACAUUUGGCUUUACAAAUGAAUUGAAUGAAUGAUGUAGUUUCCUGAACGGCAUGUAAUUAAGCAUUGGAGUCAUCAUUUAUUUCAGACCUGCUGCGUGGCUCACGAUUGUGGGACCAUUAGGUUAACAAGAUAUCAUGUUAUAAUGUUUAUGUAUUUACGUGUUUUGCUUAUUGUUUAUAGUAAUAGUUGUGUAGAACGUCUAGCGUUUUCAACCAACCUGUGUUCUAGUUGCUAUGUAUCUUUUUAACUGCAUUGAGAUAUUUUUGUGUCAAAUUUUGUUUCAUAUAAUAAUUGUUUCAAUAUGAUCAUAUAGUCAAGGUGCAACCAAUGACAACAAAUAUCCUUAACCAUGUCUGUUAUAUACAUAGUUUUGACUGCAAAUAUAAAGAUUUGGUUUCAAGAAGCACAAUAUUUAUUUGUACUAGUGAAAUUAUACGAUAUAGUUCACAUAUUAUGUAAUCGAUAUUAAUACCCCCUUAUAAAACAUACAUCCUAUACAAGCUAUUAUUUACAUAUCAUAAUUAAAUUUAUUUACUUGAAUACAUAAAAGAGGCAAAGGUAUUUGGCAUAAUUUUUGUCAUUUGUUGUAUAAUUUGACAUGUGUAUUAAAGCUUGGUUUCCACUCCUAGAACAUUCGAAUUAAAACAAAAUAUAUCGGUCAUUCAACCUAAAAAACGUAACAAUAUUAGUAUGAAUGUAUCAGCAGUGAAAAUCAACGUUUAUAACACCUAAAUACAGACAUUUAAAAAACGUCCAUGUGUUAAGCUUAUGCGUAUGAUCGUUUUAAUAAAAAUUGAAAAAGGAACCAUAUUUUAAAAUAAUUAUUGCGCAUGUCUUAAUUUUAAACAGGCUAUAAAAAUCACAUAAAAGCUUUAAUUUUAUUGGAAGAAAUUUGCAAGAAUUAUGCCUUUGUUUUCUUAUUUAUUGAGAACGUUUUAUUAUUUAUUUACUCAUAGAGAUAUAGUGAUAGAUGUUAAGGUAUAUGUAAUAAUAAAAAGCUUUUACCAGAGUUUAUGUUACUCACCUUGUAAAUAUGUAAAUUGCAUGUAGUUAUUUGUCAAUACCAAGAAACCAAACAUUUAUAUUAUGAACUAGGUUAUGUACAUUUUGUUAAUAAAAAAAAGAUAUUGUUUAAUUAAAAGCACACAAGAAGCAAGCAAAAAUAAAUUAUUAUAUUGUUUUUUAUAUCAUCAUGAAUGGUUUUGAAACUGAUUCCCCGUAAUAAAUUCUGUUUUCAAUA